AUGGUAGAUGAAAGUCUGUCUCCUCCAUUGGCUUAUGAACUCCCAGCUAGGGACAGGAGUCAGGCCUUGCUGUCCACCACAGUCCAGCACCUCGAAGAGCGCAGGAAUUCAGCAGCUCAUGGCCAAAGAGGACUUACAGGCCCACAGGGAAAAACCGGCGUCCCAGGCCCAGAUGGACUUGAAGGCUCACUGGGGCUUAAGGGGCCUCAGGGCCCACGAGGAGAAGCUGGUGUGAAAGGAGAAAAAGGAGGUCUGGGAAGUAAAGGUCCCCAGGGGCCUCCAGGACCUGGAGGAGAGGCAGGGAAUCAAGGCCAUCCGGGAAUCCAAGGAAAAAAAGGAGAGCCUGGAGAUCUGGGAGAAAAGGGAGCUAUUGGCUUUCCAGGUCCUCGAGGCUUGCAGGGCGAUGAUGGCAGUCCAGGUUAUGGUAGCAUCGGAAGUAAGGGAGCAAAGGGACAAGAGGGAUUCCCUGGAGAAAGUGGACCUAAGGGUGAGACUGGGGACCCCGGUGGUCCUGGAGAGACAGGACCCAAGGGAGCUGAAGGCAGAAUGAUAUCUGCUGGGCUUCCAGGAGAGAUGGGAUCCCCUGGGGAGCCAGGACCUCCUGGACGCAAGGGUGUGAAAGGGGCAAAGGGAUUGGCUCCAUUUUCUACAUGUGAGCUCAUGCAGUAUGUGCGGGACCACAGUCCUGGCGGACAUGGAAAACCCGAAUGCCCGGUGCACCCGACCGAGUUGGUGUUUGCCUUCGACCAGUCCCGGGGUGUCACGGAGCAGGACUUUGAGCGGAUGAAGGCGAUGACGGCGUCCCUGCUGACACCGGUCCGAGUCCGGGGGAACAGCUGCCCCGCGGGCGCGCGCGUCGCCGUCGUCUCCUACGGCUCCCACGGCUCCCACGCCAGGCGCCUGGUCCGCUUCUCGGAUGCCUACGAGAAGAGCCGGCUUCUCGGGGAAAUCGCGGCUAUCCCUUACGAGCCGUCCUCGGAUGGUCGGCAGAUCGGCAGAGCCAUGAGGUUCAUCUCCAGGAACGUCUUCAAGCGAACGCUGCCGGGGGCUCACACGAGAAGAAUCGCCACGUUUUUCAGUGGCGGCCAGUCGGCCGACGUCCAGUCCAUCACCACGGCCACCAUGGAGUUCAGUGCCCUUGACAUCGUCCCCAUCGUCAUCGCUUUCAGCAACGUGCCCUCCAUCCAGCGCACGUUUGCGAUCGAUGACACUGGCAUGUUCCAAGUAAUAGUGGUUCCCUCUGGGGCUGACUACACACCAGCAUUAGAGAAACUCCAGCGGUGCACUUUCUGCUACGAUGUAUGCAGACCAGAUGCUUCUUGCGAGGAAGCCAGACCACCCCCUGUGCAGUCUUACAUAGAUGCUGCUUUCCUUCUGGAUGGCUCCCGGAAUGUGGGAAGUACUGACUUUGAAGACAUAAGAGGCUUCCUGGGAGCACUAUUAGAUCAUUUUGAAAUCACCCCUGAGCCCGAGACCUCUGUCACUGGAGACCGGGUGGCCCUACUGAGCCAUGCUCCCCCUGACUUCCUUCCCAACACUCAGAAGAGUCCUGUUAGAACCGAGUUCAACCUUACCACCUACAGCAGUAAGCGCCUCAUGAAGAGGCAUGUGGAAGAAUCAGUUCAACAGCUAAAUGGAGACGCUUUUAUUGGUCAUGCCUUACAGUGGACUCUGGACAAUGUCUUUUUAAGUACACCGAACCUGAGAAAAAACAAAGUCAUAUUUGUAAUAUCUGCUGGGGAAACCAAUCACUUGGAUGGGGAAACCUUAAAGAAAGAAUCCUUGCGAGCCAAAUGUCAGGGCUAUGCCGUAUUUGUGUUUUCCCUUGGUGCUGCUUGGAAUGACCAGGAACUGGAAGAUUUAGCCAGCUACCCUUUGGAUCACCACUUGAUCCAGCUUGGCCGAAUUCAUAAACCUGACCACAGAUAUGGUGUGAAGUUUGUGAAAUCCUUUAUAAAUUCAAUCAGGCGUGCAAUCAACAGAUAUCCACCAAUAAACUUCAGAACAAAAUGCAAUAGACUCAGCUCUACAGAUCCAGAGCAGCCCACACGACAAUCUCGAAGCUUUGUUCCUGGACCACAUAAAACUGCCCUCAAAGAAGAAGCAUUACAGAAGGCAAAAUUCUUUCAAUAUAAAAAAAUAUUUUCAAGAGUGGCAAGACAUGGCAGAGAUGAUGCCAUUCAAAAUUUUACCAGAAACACAUCCCAUACCUUUAAAGAUGGAAAAAGGGUGAUAACUGCUCCCAAACAACAUGAUAAAGGAAGUGCUCGAACAAUUUAG